GACCACGCGGAGUGAUGUCGAUAUGACGUAAUUAGCAGGCGCCGCGGAGUCCGGAAGACCACGUGGGACUGAAAGAGGUGGUGGGACAACAUGGCUACCCAGGAUGCUGCGGUGCUUUUGGCCCAGAGACUGGCGGGGAAUGAUAAGAAGACUCGGGACCGCGCUCUGCGGAAACUGCGGAACUACCUGAGAGCGAGGAGCGCGUGUGACACAGGAGGAUUCACCCAGGAGGAAUUGAUCAAGAUCUGGAAGGGGCUGUUCUACUGUAUGUGGAUGCAGGACAAACCAUUACUGCAGGAGGCUCUGGCGCAUUCCAUGUCCCAACUGGUUCACGCGCUGCACACGCAGCAAUCACAGAACCUUUUCCUGCGCACGUUUUGGCAGACGCUGAACCGGGAAUGGAACGGGAUUGAUCGUCUGCGGCUGGACAAGUUCUAUACGUUAAUGCGGUUGGUCUUGCGGGUGUCCGUGGAUCUCCUAAAGAAAGCUGAAUGGGAGGAGAGCUGUUUGCAGGAGUUCCUGGUGUUGCUGGAUGAAGAGGUGCUGAGGGGUUCGACUCUGGGGGUGCAGCUCCAUCUCAUAGACAUUUACCUGGAAGAGGUGGCAAAAGUAGGAGCAGCAGAGCUCACGGCGGAAAUGAACCUCAAGCUCAUUGAGCCCUUCUGCAAGAUUGUCGCCAAAAGCAAGAACUCCUCCUUCCUGCAGGCCGUCACCUCGGGGGUUUUCCAGACCAUAUUGGAACAGGCUCCCUUCGCUAUAGAAGAUUUAAUGAAGGAAGUUGGUUCUGACCCAGAGGACAAGGACAGUGGGAUUGGAGGUUCCGCAGGGGAGGAGUCAGGAGAGGAGGAACAGUCAGAAGAAAAAGAGUCCCCAGAACAGGACGAUGAAGACAUUGGACCAGUACUGCAGUUUGAUUACCAGGCAGUGGCAGACAGACUCUUCGCUCUGGGAAGCAGAAAGAACACGCCCACUCGGAACCGCAAAGCAGCGUAUGCCCUGGUGAAAAAGUUUCGGGACUUGGCUGAAGGCAUCUUCCCAAGCGACGACUUCCCGGAGGAGGUUUCCACGGAUGAGGAUGAUGAUGAUUUCAGCAGUUGGCUGUUCCGCAAGAGGAUGAAGAGAGCACAAGAGAAUGGGACUUAUGGAAUGGUGUCCCAGGUCUCCAGUCGUAAUUCAGUAAAGGAAGAGAAACGGGAAAAGCGGAAGAGAGCGGCGGUGGCCCCCAAUGAGUCCAGUUUAAAAAAUGGUCCCCCUGCAGCAAAAAAGAAGCGUAAGAGGAAGCAGAAAGACUGCAACAACAACACCCCAAGCCAAGAAGAAGCCCCCAAACCUUCCCACAAUGGGGUCACUGAAAGCUGCUGUACAGAAAAUCAGUCUGAACAGUCUGUGUCCCCCGAUUCUGCUCUGACCCCCUCACCAGACUCUACUUUGUCCCUCUCAAAGAAACCCCCUGGGAAGAAGAGAAGAGCUGGGCUGAUCCGAAGGAGCCUCAGUAUUCUGCCCCUGACUGGCUCUUUAAUAAGAAGGAGGCAACAUCGGCUGCACAGGUGCAAGGCAAUGAGCUGCACUACUCCAGAAACAGAGGAAAGGUUCAUUGCUGGUCCGAAGGAAGUGACACCGACUCCCCAGAACUUCCUGACUUUCCAGAAGGCAAAUUCCCCAAAACCGGUCUAUGUGAAGCCAACAAAGGCCAAAGGCAGGCAGGUUGCCAUGAAGAUGGGCAGCAAAUCCAAGAAAGUCACUUUCAGCCUGAACAAGAACAUGACCGCUGAGUUCAAGAGGACGGAUCGUAGUCUCCUUGUCAGCCCGACUGGUUCCUCCCGAGUGCCGUUCAACCCGGAGCAGAGACCCGAGCACGGCGUCCUGAAGACCCCCACGAGAAGUCCAGUCCCCCGGGCCCGUGCCGCAGACUUUUUCUGAGUGUUGCCGCUGGAUCUAUUGGUGAUGGUAGUGCCUUGUAGUUCAGUGUCUUUGGAUCCACCGCAGAAGCCAGAAUAUUCUGUCCCUCCAGCCGGGGGUCCCAGAGGCAAAGUUGCUGGAUUGUACCAUUGUUUCUCGGCCCCUCACUAAAUGUGACUCUUCCUUCAUAAGCCGAGCGAUCGGUCAGUUAAUGGCCAAUGGAAGUUGAGAUUUAUAUUUUUAUUUAAUGGUUGACAGAGUUCAAUGUAUUAAGGAGAGACUUUACUGUCUUAUAAAAUAAAUACAAAAAAAAUGUUAA